GCGAUAUCCCCACCACUCUCCUUACCGCCCCGUUAUUCAGUGGAGGGAUCUCAACCUCAUCCCCUCUGCCAGGAUCACUCCGAGGAAAUGGCAUUCUCUACGCUUGCGUCGCCUCUCUGGCUUUCCCGCUCUGCUUUUUUCCUAAAAACUUCACUCCUACAUUCGGGAACUAGGGCUUUGACUCGCCGCUUCACGGGACCUGGGCAACCCUCCACCUUCUUCUCCCCCAUCUCUCUGAAGCCUUCUUUCAAACAUCUUUCUGCUAUACGCUCUGCUUCUGGCAUCGUUGCUCAGAAAUCCUCGGACUCGGAGUGGAGCUUGGCUCGAGAGGAUGUUGUGAUUCUUGGCAUCGAAACCAGCUGCGAUGAUACUGCCGCGGCCGUUGUCAGAGGCAAUGGAGAAAUUCUUAGUCAAGUUGUGUCUUCGCAGGCAGAUUUGCUGUCACGUUAUGGAGGUGUUGCUCCUAAAAUGGCUGAAGAAGGACAUUCGCUAGUAAUCAACCAGGUUGUUCAGCAGGCACUUGAUAAUGCAAAAUUAACAGAAAAGAAUCUUUCUGCAGUUGCUGUUACAAUUGGACCAGGUUUAAGUCUUUGUCUGCGGGUUGGUGUGUGCAAGGCUCGAAGAAUAGCUGGAAAGUUCAGUUUGCCUAUUAUCAGUGUACAUCAUAUGGAAGCACAUGCUCUGGUUGCUAGGCUGGUUGAGAAGGACCUGCAGUUUCCUUUUUUGGCUCUUCUUAUUUCAGGUGGACACAAUCUCCUCAUUCUUGCCCAUGGACUUGGUCAUUAUGUUCAACUUGGGACAACAAUAGAUGAUGCAAUUGGUGAAGCAUAUGACAAGACAGCAAGAUGGCUUGGCCUUGAUAUGAGAAAAGGUGGUGGCCCAGCUCUUGAAGAACUUGCUCGGGAAGGUGAUGCAAAGGCUAUCAAGUUCUCGAUUCCAAUGAGACAGCAUAAGGACUGCAAUUUCUCAUAUGCUGGCCUAAAGACUCAAGUUAGAAUAGCCAUCGAAUCUAAAAAUCUAUCUGUAGAAAAUAAUUCCAUUUCUUCUACAAGUAGCCAUGAAAGAAGGUUACGAGCAGAUAUUGCUGCAUCCUUUCAGCGAGUUGCUGUAUUGCAUUUGGAAGAGAGGUGCGAACGAGCAAUUGAAUGGGCAAUGAACAUUGAACCUUCUAUUAAAUGUUUGGUAGUUUCAGGAGGUGUUGCAUCAAAUCAGUAUGUUAGAACUCGUCUGAACCAUGUUGUUGAAAAGAAUGGACUUCAACUUGUAUGCCCUCCUCCAAGCCUUUGUACUGACAAUGGGGUAAUGGUUGCUUGGACUGGGAUUGAGCACUUCUUUUGUGGAAGAUUUGAUCCCCCCCCUCGUGCUGAUGAGCCUAAAGAUUCCAUGUUUGACUUGCGUCCAAGGUGGCCGUUGGGUGAGGAAUACUCCCAAGGAAAAAGUGGAGCUCGUUCCUUGAAAAGAGCCAGGCUGCACCCAUCACUCACAUCCAUCAUACAAGGUUCUGCUCAACAACAAGUGUAGCUUUGUAAACUUCUAGCUGAUCCGAUAUUUGAACUGCCACAGGAUGUUGCUGAAAUGGAGGUUAUCAGUUCAAACCACAUUCAAAACACCACCUAAUGCAACUUUUUAAAUUCAGCAGCAGAGAACAGUGAGAUGAAUGUCCGAUUCAAAAUUUUCUUUUCUAAUUCAAAUUUUUCCUUGUCCUUUUUAUUGGCAGCCAAUACGAUGAAUACCUUUAGCAAGAUGUCUUCUCUCAGGAUAAUGCAUCUUUUUAACAGCUUCUAUUC